AUGACUUCAACUCCAGUAGAUAUUAGAUUAUUAAAGGCAGAAAUCGAAAACUGCGUAGCCAAUAAGAAGAUUUCUGAACUAAUUAAUAAUGUAGUUAUUCUACUCGAGCAAGAUUCAACAUAUGAAGGAGAACAGAAAGAUUUUGCAUUCGUGUAUGAAUCUUUAACUGUAAUCAUGGAUUAUUUUGAAGAAAACCCUGAUGCCAAUUUAUACGACAAGUUUUAUCAACUAUUUUUCACAAUAAUUCGAAAAUCUGAAAAAAUCAAAGGAAUUCCCAAUCCAUUUCUCUUCUGUUUUAGCAAGAUUGUUGAACGUGAAGACAGUUUACAGAAGUUUGCAAAGGAAUUUGAAGGAGAUGUUUUUCCAAUCGAUUUUAUUUGGCUUUUACUUAGAAAAAUCAAUCCGAAAAACCUUCACGAUUGGUUUAAAGUUCUCAGUGUUCAUUUUGACAGGUAUCCAGCCUUAAUUGAAAAUACAGAAUUAGUUGCUUUUUAUUUAGAACAUGAUUCAAACGACAAACUUAAAGAAAUCUACAAAGUAAUUCUCGCACCACUUAUACUUGUCAAUAUUAACCCUUCGCAAUCAAAAGAAGGACCUUUUUCGUAUGUUUUUGAAAAAAAAGUUUCGGAACUCAUUCAAAUGUUAAAACAGCCAAUAAACGAAUCAUACCUUAAGAAAUUUAUACCAACAGUUAUCAUAAAUUCACUUUACGGAAAGAAUCCAUCAAUGGAAGAAAUUUAUUCGACGGCAGACAUCAUAAGUCAGCUUAUUACACCUCAAAACCAAGAUACCAUCUGUAGCUUGAUAAAUUACUGCCCUCACGAGCUCGUAAAAGACCAAGUUUUGACAUAUAUUUCAUUUAACACUAAAAACACGAAAAUAUUAGAAAAGGUUUCACACAAAUACCUCUGCAGGUUCUUUGCUCAAGUUGGUAUCAAAUUUAUCGGCAAAUUCCUCAAUCUUUCCGAUGAUUAUAUUUCGAAAAUUGUAGAAACGGCAUCUGUCAGCGAAAACCGAAACAAACGAAUGAAAUACACAGACUUUUCAUCCCUGUUCAGGUCUAAGGUCGAUAUUCUCUUCACAGACCCAGUUGCGUUCGAUUGUUUUCUGAAUGACCAGACAGAUGACAAUUUUUGCAAAUUCCACCCGUCAUCAUGCGAUCUACAGACUGCUGAAGCAUAUAUCAAUGGAAUUAUUGAGCUUUUCCCAGAAACUUCCGUUUUAUCUUAUUUUCUCAAGACUUUGGCCAAAACUCAGUAUUAUUUGAAGCAGUCCUUUGAAUUUCCGGACAAUUACAUCUGGAAUAACUUCUUUGAAAAAGCUUUUUCAAUGGCUUUGUCUGAUAUUUCGUCAACAACACUAGAAGUCAUCAGAAUAAUUGUUUUAUGCAGCACAAUAACUGAAACAAAGAAGGAACAACUCAAAAGAUACAUCAAUUUCCUUAGCGGAGCCCUUCUUUCCAACGAUGAUCAAAAUUUGAUUUCUGAAGCCCUCAAAGCGGUCCAACAUGCCUUUUCUCAUAUUGUUCCGGACUCAUUCUCACUCAUUCCGAGUGUUGUGAUCGCUCUACAGCACCAGAAAUUAAAUAAGAUAUCGAUAUCUCAAAUUUUAUCAAUAAUUACCAUUCUUGUGUCAUGUCCUGAUAAAUGUAAUAACAUGGAUGUCUCAUCUACCGAGGAAUUCUCUAAAGUUUGUGAUAUUAAAUCAAAUAAUUACUUUAUGGAGUACGAAUCAUUGAUACAAGCGGAUGAUUUGCACGAAAGAAUCAUCACCAUCCUCCUAGAACUCAUAAAUCAGUACUGCCAUGAGAAUAAUGUUGAUAAUGUAACUUUGGGAAUUUUAUAUUCGUUAAUUUGGACAUUUUCUGACCAUAUGAAUGAUAACAUCAAAGAGAUGAUCAUGAAUAUUGCCAGAUCUAUCUUCGAUCGCGAUGUUACAGUGCUAAAUCAUACAAUUCGUCAAAUAGGAUAUUUCCAAGACGAUUAUGAAGAGAUUUCCAAGGUUUUCCCUGAACUUUAUGACCUAAUACUUGAGUAUCUAACGAAAGCAGUCCUUUCCCCAGACUUAGGAGAACAAAUUUCAACAUUUUAUUUGGAAAUUUUCUCCGAUAUCUGCCUUUCCACCGGUAAAACAUCUCAUUUGACCAAGAUAUUUGAUGCAUUUAGGAAUUCCCAUAACCAUUGCCCUACAAUUGAUUUAGUUCACGAUAGAUUUCUAAUGAGGACAAAUCAGGCCAUGUCACCUGUGAAUUUACCCCAAAAUCGUGACUCAUAUAUGUCAAACAACUGCACACUUGGCUGUGCGACCGCUCAAAUGGAAGCAACAGAAAUAACUUUUGCUACUUUGGCCGGAUGUUACAAUUACCACAUAACUCCUAUCAGAGAUGUCACCAGCUUCAUCAAUGUUGAUGAAAACACCCAGUUUCCGGAGAUAGAAAAGUCAAAUGAAACAGAAUUUGACAAAAAAUUCGAAAAACUGCUUUCAUGUGCCCCCAAAGGCAAAACAAUCAGUCCAUCUCAGCUUAUGGGCAACUUUCCUAUCGAAGAAAAGCCCUCAGAAGCCCCUCUUCCGCCUCCAUCUCCCAAUUCUUCCCAGGAAAGGUUCUCUUUUGAUUCGCAAGAUGCAAACGAGAACGAGUUCAUGAAGAGCAUGGCGGCCAACGCGAUCCACACCACUCUUCGAGGAGAAAUUAAACAUGUCAAAAUAAUUCCAAAUACGCAGAUCCUUGAUUUGAGUGCUAAGACCCUUUUUAGUCUUCCACUAAGGGAAUGCUGCAAGAUCGGCAUCAUUUUCGUGCGCGAUGGCCAAAAUGAUCAAAAUGAAAUUCUUGCCAACAGUUGGGAUUCAACUGCCGGCUCCCAUUUCAGGAGUUUCAUUCUUAGUAUCGGCAGAAUUGUCGAUAUUGGCACCCACAAGUUCUAUUGUGGAAAACUUGACACAUUAAACUUUUCAAAUGGCCGAUAUCACGUUUACUUCGAUAGCGAGAGAUACGAAGUCAUGUUCCACACAGCUCCUCUUCUUCCUAACGACGAAGGCGACAAACAACAGAUCUACAAGAAGAGACACAUUGGAAAUGACAAUGUUCACAUUGUUUGGUCGCAUCACAGCCAAGAUUACAACAUGCAGACAAUUACAUCACAGUUCAAUGAUGCUUUGGUCAUUGUGUAUCCUGUACUUGGCGAUGACAAGAUAUUUAGAGUUUCUGUGCUGCAGAAAGACGAAACUCAAAUGUUUGGUCCAUUGCAUGAUGAAACAAUCAUUUGCGCAAAAGCUCUCCCGAGAUUGGUAAGAUGGACAGCAAUUUUCGCUGAUAGAGUGGCAAGAAUGAUGACUGACGUCAAACUUCCGUGCGAACUAUUUAUGGAAGGAUUGAAGACGUUUACUGGUGUUUAA